AUGCACCUUAGAUUUAGUGUGUUUCUGUUUAUUAUUUAUAUAAUUCAUGUAGAUCUUUGUAAGACUGGUUGUUUAGGUAAAGAAAAAGGUUACUCUGAAAUUUGUGAGAGAGCGAUAUAUGAAAAUGAGUCUAAUACAUAUUGUAUGAAAGAUCAUUUAAUUCGCGAGUCUUUAUUUAUUUAUAAGCCUAUUAUGAAAUUAUUAUUAAAAAAAUAUAGAUUACGUAAUAAUAAAAUAGCAGUAGUGGAACAUGCUUAUGGUGAACCACAAAAUUUUAUAACAUAUGGAAAAUUUUUCAGAAAAGUAUUAUCCUUUAGUCAUUCUUUAAAUAAUUAUGAAGGCCAAGGUAUACAAGGAAAAAGUUAUAAAGAACAUCAGAAUCAUGGAUGGUUUAGAUUAUUAGGUAUAUAUGGUAGUAAUUCUAUAAAUUGGAUGAUUGCUGAUAUGGCAGCUAUGAUGAGUGGUGUAACAACAUUGAUAUUACAUUCAAAAUUUAGUAUAGAUGUAAUUGUAGACAUAUUAAAUGAAACUAAAUUAGAAUGGUUAUGUUUAGAUUUAGAUUUAGUUGAUGAUUUAUUACUUCAUAGACAUGAAUUACCAUAUUUGAAAAAAUUAAUAAUUUUAGAUAACUUAGUGAAACCUAUACAAAUAGAUUUUCUUCGUUAUGUUUUUAAUAAUUCAUCAGAAGCUUCAGAAAAUAAUGAUAUUAGUGAUGAUGAUGAUAAUAGUGAAAUGUCUGAUGAAUCUUAUGAAAUGAAUAUGGGUCUUGCAGAAUAUGAUUUAGAAAAAUUAGAAAAAAUAAAAGAAUUAAAAGAAAGAUCACAAAAUAUUGGUAUUCGAUUUUUAGAAUUUGAUGACGUAUCAAGUGUCCCAACUAAAAUUUAUAAUAUUCAAAAUGAUGAACCAGAUUUUGUUACCUCUAUUGUAUAUACAUCUGGAACAUCUGGAAAACCUAAAGGUGUUAUGUUAAGUAAUUUAAAUAUGUAUAGUUCUGUAAUAUCAUUAUGUAAACAUAGUAUAUUAAAUUAUCAUCCAAAAGCACAUUUAUCAUAUUUACCUGUAUCACAUAUAUAUGAAAGAGUUAAUGUUUAUGUUGCUUUUUUAUCUGGUAUAAAAAUAGAUAUUUGGAGCAAGAAUAUUAAUUUCUUUUCUAGAGAUAUAUUUAAUUCAAAAGGUGAAUUGUUAGUAGGUGUACCUAAAGUUUUUAAUAGAAUCUAUUCAAAUAUUAUGGCCGAAAUAAAUAAUUUGUCAUAUAUUAAAAGAAAUAAUAUUAAAAAUGUUUUCUCAUUACGUAGAUCUGUUAAUUGUGCUUGUUUUACGAAGUUAUUAGAAGGAAUAACUGGAUAUUCAGCUAAAAUUAGAAACUGUGUCAACCCAAAUUUAGAAGUGAUAUUAAAUGGUGGUGGAAAGCUAUCUCCAAGAAUUGCUGAGGAAUUACGUGUUCUAUUAAAUGUUAACUUUUAUCAAGGAUAUGGAUUAACUGAAACUACAGGUCCUAUUUUUGUUCAACAAAAAAAAGAUUAUAAUACUGAAAGUAUGGGAGGACCCAUAUCUCCUAAUACUAGAUAUAAAGUAAGAACAUGGGAAACUUAUAAAGCUACUGAUUCUACACCUAAAGGAGAAUUAUUAAUUAAGAGUGAUUCUAUAUUUAAAGGAUACUUUCUAGAAAAAGAACUAACUGAAAAUUCAUUUACAUAUGAUCGAUUUUUUAUAACAGGAGAUAUCGUUCAAAUAAAUGAUAAUGGUUCUUUAACUUUCUUAGAUAGAUCUAAAGGAUUAGUAAAAUUAUCACAAGGAGAAUAUAUAGAAACAGAUAUGUUAAAUAAUCUUUAUUCAGAAAUCCCUUUUGUUAAUAAUUGUGUUGUUUAUGGUGAUGAUUCUUUAGAUGAAGCAUUAGCUAUUAUUUCUGUAGAUAAAUAUUUAUUAUAUAGAUGUUUAAGAGAUGAUCAUAUGUUAAAUAAUACUGAUAUUAAUGAAACAAAUUAUUUAGAUAAAUUAAUUGAUGAACAAAUAAAUAAAAAACAUUUUAUUGAUUACGUUAAAAAAAAAAUGUUAUCAGUUUAUAAUAAAACAAAUCUAAAUAGAUAUAAUAUUAUUAAUCACAUUUAUUUAACCUCAAAAACGUGGGAUACAACUAAUUACCUUACACCAACAAUGAAGGUCAAAAGAUUUUCUGUUAUACAAGAUUAUGCCUUUUUUAUUGAACAUGUUAAAGAUAUAUUUAAAAAAAAAUUAAAAGGUGAAAAGGAACCUACCAAACAUGUAGAAAAUGAAACCCUAAAUGAACAGGAAGUAAAAAUUAAUGAAAUCGAUAAUGAAGAAUCAGAAAAUAAUAAUAUUUCAUUAUCGUCAGAAAAGAACAAAUCAAGAACUCAAGAAAUAAUUGCAUCACCAUAUCAACAAAGGAAUAAAUCAACACCUCUAGAGGAAAAUAUAUUAAUACCAGUGCAAAAAAAAAUUGAAAAAACAGAACAAAAUAAUAUGUUAAAAACUACAUUAACACCUAAUCUCAACUCUACUGAUACACCUUUAGAAAUACUUGAAAAAAAUAAUCUAGAAAUAAAAAAAUCCAGAUUUCAAGUUCAAACUGUAAGAGAAGAACGUGAAAUUAAUUCAUAA